AUGGCCUUCGCGACCGUAGUGCGCAAGACCGGCUUUUCUAAUCUGUCGUGCAGUUUACGGCAGGAUUUGGAACAAUUACUGACCCAUCGUCGGGUCGGGGUCUAUGCUGGCAUAGACCCUACUGCGCCAUCGAUGCACGUCGGUCAUAUGAUUCCUUUCAUGGUGUUGGCGUGGUUCUACGUCCACGGCUACGAUACACACUUUGUUCUGGGAGGAUUCACAGCCAGCAUUGGUGACCCCACAGGACGGUUGACCGGCAGAGAGACUCAAGCACCGGCGAUCCGAAAAGCCAAUAUAGCAUCGAUGCAUGCGCAGCUCAAGAGACUCGGUGUUUCCAUUGAGAAAUAUGCCCAUCGGCGGGGCUACGUGAAGGAAUGGGCCUGGCGGAGGGCCCUGGACAACAACGUUACUUGGUGGACAACCACUUCCGCGAGAGACUUUUUGUCAAUCCUGGGUCGGCACGUCCGCAUCGGCCCAAUGCUGGGCAGAGACACAGUCAAGAACCGAAUGGAAAAGGGGGACGGCAUGUCCUUUGCUGAAUUCAGCUAUCCUCUGGUCCAGGCCUGGGAUUGGUGGCAGCUGUUCCAGCGCGGCGUUCAAAUCCAGAUCGGAGGAGCAGAUCAAUUUGGCAAUAUUCUGGCUGGGGCUGAAGCAGUCAAGCAAAUCGCCAAGGAGUCUCACGAAUAUCAGCAGACCCUGCGACAGACCCAGCUCAUCGACGAAAACAACGGAGUCAAGGUCACUUCGGACCCGUUGGGCUUCACGGUGCCGCUGUUAACCACUGCUUCUGGCGAAAAGUUUGGCAAGAGUGCGGGAAACGCCGUCUGGCUGGAUCCGGAGCUGACCAGCAUCUUUGAUCUUUACCAGUUCUUCUUGCGCACCGCCGACGCCGACGUCGAAAAGUACUUGAAGUUAUUUACGUUUUUGCCUCUGCCGGAGAUUCGCGAGUUGGUUCAAGAGCAUGAGAAGGAUCAGUCUAAGCGCGUGGCCCAGCAUAAGCUGGCCAAAGAGUUCGUCGAGCUUAUCUACGGACAUGAAGCGGCGGCAAAUGCCGAGGCCGAACAUCGACAACUGUUCAACAAGAAACUCACUCUAAGCGAUGUCACAGCGAGCGUGGCCGAAGCCCGGUCGGCCCAGCCUGCCAUGGAGCAGCAGGGUUUUAUCAAUCCUUCCUUGAACAAACAUGCCCAGCCACUACGGCGGGAGGACAAUGUGGCUGUUCAUCUCAAGUUGCCCAAGAGCCUGGUCAUUGGGAAACCUCUAAGCCAUGUACUCUGGGCGGUGGGCCUCGUUGGAUCUCGCGCCGAGGGUCAGCGCCUGAUCAAUGCCGGAGGGGCGUAUAUCGGUGCCAACGCCGAUGCAAGAGGUGGAAUGGACGAUGCGCUCAGCUUCACGCCGGCGAAGACGGCGGCGUGGGAGGAACUUUCCAAGUUUAUCAUUGACGGGAAAAUCCUCAUUCUCCGCGUCGGGAAAUGGCGGCUGAAGAUCAUCGACAUCGUGCCAGAUGAAGAAUAUGAAGCUGCAGGAUUGACUUGUCAAGCCUGGGAGGCGCUGAAAGAAGCCCGGGCCGCAGAACAAGCGAGCGAAGGCAGCCAGGCCACGGAGCAAAAGGCGUCGUGA